GAACGGUUUAAACUUACAGAAGAGAACCAGCUUGUGUUUCAGAAAUCCAAAUUUAAUAGCAAAGUUCAAGACGAGCUCGUUUUUUUCGGAUGGGAAUGUCAGGCUAGGCUAGCAGCCGUUAAGUUAGCAUGGCAACCAGCUAGCGUUAGCUAAACAACCAAACUUUUUUACUUUGGCUCAUUUCGGUCCCCUAAAAUGUCGCAGUACGUUUGGUCUCCCAGCUAAUGCGCGGCUGUGUGGAUUCUUUUCGGGCGUCGUGACAACUUCUAGCCGGCUGACAUAAGUGUUAGUUUGCUGGCUAGCUCAGUCGCUCGGUUGGAGACCCGCGAGCACCGGGGAGAAGAGUGACAGUCAACCCGGGUUUGAGUCGCAGGGAGACGGUAGAGCAAUCGAGACCGAGCCGCUACCUGUCACCCAUCCACUAGCGGUGUUUUUUACAUCAUUGUUGCUGGGAAAUCCAUCCAAACAGGACAUACGUGGAAGUGCCGGGUGGAGGCGUGAGUUCUGACCGGAUUCAGCCCACGAAAGGAGUUUUAUCAGGUGUGAGCCGGGUACGAAACCGGACAAGGAGCCUCAUGAAUGGAAAUCGGAACUUCAGGAGCCGUUGGGGCCGAGUCCCUGUUCUCCAUGCCCCGGAGGCCUGGCUUUGGCACCAUGGGCAAGCCCAUCAAGCUGCUGGCCAACUGCUUCCAGGUGGAGAUCCCCAAGAUGGACGUCUACCUCUACGAGGUGGACAUCAAGCCGGAGAAGUGUCCACGCCGAGUCAACAGGGAGGUUGUGGACUCCAUGGUGCAGCACUUUAAGGUGACCAUCUUCGGGGAUCGACGGCCGGUCUACGACGGGAAGAGAAGCCUGUACACAGCGAACCCACUGCCUGUGGCACCCGCAGGGGUGGACCUGGACGUCACACUGCCAGGAGAAGGAGGCAAAGACAGGCCCUUUAAAGUCUCCAUCAAAUUCGUCUCUCUGGUCAGCUGGCACCUGCUGCACGAGGUGCUGACCGGCCGCAGCAUGCCCGAGCCUCUGGAGCUGGACAAGCCCAUCAGCACCAACCCGGUACACGCUGUGGACGUGGUGCUCAGACAUCUACCCUCCAUGAAGUACACUCCGGUGGGACGCUCGUUCUUCUCAGCUCCUGAGGGCUACGACCAUCCUCUGGGAGGAGGGCGGGAGGUCUGGUUCGGAUUCCAUCAGUCCGUACGACCCGCCAUGUGGAAGAUGAUGCUCAACAUCGACGUUUCCGCCACGGCUUUUUACAAAGCACAGCCAGUCAUCCAGUUCAUGUGCGAAGUCCUGGACAUCCACAACAUCGACGAGCAGCCGCGGCCUCUUACAGAUUCUCACCGUGUCAAGUUCACCAAGGAAAUCAAAGGUCUUAAGGUGGAGGUGACGCACUGCGGAACAAUGCGCAGGAAGUACCGAGUGUGUAACGUGACCCGACGCCCUGCCAGCCAUCAAACGUUUCCUUUACAACUGGAAAGCGGACAGACGGUGGAGCGGACGGUAGCUCAGUAUUUCAGAGAGAAGUACAACCUGCAGCUCAAGUACCCUCAUCUACCCUGUCUGCAAGUCGGCCAGGAGCAGAAACACACCUACCUCCCUCUGGAGGUGUGUAACAUUGUCGCCGGGCAGCGGUGCAUCAAAAAACUGACCGAUAAUCAGACGUCCACCAUGAUCAAAGCCACGGCGCGCUCGGCACCAGACAGACAGGAGGAGAUCAGCAGACUGGUGCGCAGUGCCAACUACGAGGCCGACCCCUUCGUGCAGGAGUUCCAGUUCAAGGUGCGGGACGAGAUGGCCCACGUGACGGGCCGCGUGUUGCCCGCGCCCAUGCUGCAGUACGGGGGCAGGGUGAGCUCAGAGAACUUUAUGAAUCGCACCGUGGCCACGCCCAGCCACGGCGUGUGGGACAUGCGAGGGAAGCAGUUUCACACCGGAGUGGAGAUAAAGAUGUGGGCCAUCGCCUGCUUUGCCACACAGAGACAGUGUCGCGAGGAAAUCCUCAAAGCCUUCACCGACCAGCUACGCAAGAUCUCGAAGGACGCCGGGAUGCCCAUCCAGGGCCAGCCGUGUUUCUGUAAGUACGCGCAGGGAGCCGACAGCGUGGAGCCCAUGUUCAGGCACCUGAAGAACACGUACGCCGGCCUGCAGCUCAUCAUCGUCAUCCUGCCCGGGAAAACGCCCGUCUAUGCGGAGGUGAAGCGUGUAGGAGAUACCCUGUUAGGAAUGGCCACUCAGUGUGUCCAGGUGAAGAACGUGGUGAAGACCUCGCCUCAGACGCUCUCCAACCUCUGCCUCAAGAUCAACGUCAAACUCGGCGGCAUCAACAACAUCCUGGUACCGCACCAACGACCAUCAGUGUUCCAGCAGCCGGUCAUCUUCCUGGGUGCAGAUGUCACACACCCCCCUGCAGGGGAUGGGAAGAAGCCCUCCAUAGCUGCAGUGGUGGGCAGUAUGGACGCCCACCCGAGUCGGUACUGUGCCACAGUGCGGGUCCAGAGGCCACGGCAGGAGGUGAUACAGGACCUGGCGUCCAUGGUGCGCGAGCUGCUCAUCCAGUUCUACAAGUCGACCCGCUACAAACCCACGCGCAUCAUCUUCUACAGGGACGGCGUGUCCGAGGGACAGUUCCGACAGGUUCUGUACUAUGAGCUUCUGGCGAUCCGGGAGGCCUGCAUCAGCCUGGAGAAAGAGUACCAGCCCGGCAUCACCUACAUCGUGGUGCAGAAACGCCACCACACCCGCCUGUUCUGUGCCGACCGCAACGAGAGGGUGGGGCGCAGUGGAAACAUUCCCGCCGGUACGACUGUGGACACGGACAUCACGCACCCCUACGAGUUCGACUUUUACCUCUGCAGCCACGCCGGAAUACAGGGCACUAGUCGACCCUCCCACUACCACGUGCUGUGGGACGACAACUGCUUCACGGCCGACGAGUUCCAGCUGCUCACCUACCAGCUGUGCCACACCUACGUACGCUGCACACGCUCCGUCUCCAUCCCUGCGCCCGCCUACUACGCCCACCUGGUCGCCUUCCGCGCCCGCUACCACUUAGUGGACAAAGAGCACGACAGCGCGGAGGGCAGCCACGUGUCCGGUCAGAGUAACGGCCGGGACCCCCAGGCUCUGGCCAAAGCCGUGCAGAUUCACCACGACACCCUGAGGACCAUGUACUUCGCCUGAGCGUCUCUCCACCCCGUCCACGCCUCGUCCCGGACCCGAAAUCUGAACGCGGACCGGACACUGUGCAGCAGGAACAGCGCGGGGUGCACGUCCCGAAUCCCGACCCGAGAGCGAGCGCACACCCGCUUCGAUCCCACACCGAAACUCUGCACUGUUAUGCAAUAUUCAACCAGCCAACCACCUUUUGUUUGUUUUAUUAUUUUAUUAUUUUAUUUUCUAUACGUGGGACGAGUCCGAGGCUCCUCUCCAUCCCUUCCAAACUAAAGGGAGUGUUUGUUUGUUUUUUUCCUCUGUAUGACGAUUAGUUUACCUCAAGUUUGUGACAGCAGCACUUUGACCCCCGCGGUCCGCAGAGAGGCGCUCGCCGGGCGUGGUUAGGGACGUUAAGUUUCGUCGUCUGCUCGUUUUAUUUUCAUUUUCGUAGCCAGUCGUGACUUAGAAAACGCACGACGGUCGCGAUACGGUUCUAAAUAUAUCAGAACGCAGGUGAGCUAACGGGGGGCCACUCAUUAGGGCCAGAUAUUUUUAAACAGCAUUUCGGGGAAGAUGAUUUUUGUUUUUGUUUUGUUUUGUCUUGGAGCUAUGUGCCGAGUUUCAUCCAGGGUGGUCCGGAUCACUGUCUGAGCAUGUACUACAAUGCAAAGUGUUUUAAUAUGUACUCUUGUAUAUGGAAACGGUUUUAUUCCUCCCAGUAUUUAUUUAUUUUUAAUAGCAUUUCCUUCCUCUUUUUUUUGUCUGUUUGUAAAAAGAAAACACAUAGAGGCCAUGUUAUAAUGUUAUAUGACGGAUCAUUUAUGAGCUAUUACAAUUUUAGUGCAAUAAUCCUUUUUUUUUUAUUAGAGGAAUGCAAGCGAACGCAUUGACUACGGUUUGUUUUGUUUUGGGUUAAACGAUUGAACAGGGAUUUAGCCAGACAUGGCAACCGUAUUCUCUGCAUUUAGUGGAGGGCAUGGUGUAAGUGUGUGUGUGUGUGUGUGUUUGACACUUUUCUAGCUGCAUGCUCAUAUUUAAUAUAUUUUUCUCUGUUCAUGGAUCUCUAGAUUCCUUUAAGGGUUCAGAAUUAAGUGCCUGAGUUUUGGGUUUUGGGAACGUGGGGUUUUAUAGAGCGUUUUAACGACGGAACGAAAGGAAACAGUUUAAUGCCGUGCAUUAAGAUGACGUUAAAGGAAAUCUCCACCCUCGAGCGCUAGAAAUAGUUCUGCUUUAUGCGCACGCAUCUGCUUCAGCUUGCAUACGAAGCGUGGUUUGCCUUUAGGUGCUCCGGUUUCCUCCAACCUCCCAAAAACAUGCUGAAUGUGAACAGGCUGCUCUAAAUUGCCACUAGGUGUAGGUGUGUGUGUGCGUGUGUGGGUGCAUUGCCCUGUGAUGAAUUGGCACCCAGACCAGGGUCCCGGAUGUAUUUCUGCCCUGUGCCCAAGUUAAAGCUGAAUGAACGAUUUCGUGCCCACUGGCAGAACGUGUCCAGACUCCGUCCCUCCGGUCACAUGCCCUGCUGGUGGGCGUGUGUAUGACCUCUGUUUACAUUUGAAAGCCUGAAUCUGAUUGGCUGAAUGCUUAUGUGUAUCUUGGCUGUCUGACAGGACCAGUAAAUGUGAUUCUUUGAGCUGCAGCGGUAGCUCAGCAGUUAAGGUACUGAACUAGUAAUCGUAAGGUUGCCAGUUCAAGCCCCACCAUUGCCAAAAUCGCCACAAUUGGGCCCUUGAGCGAGGCCCCUAACUCUCAAUUGCUUAAAUUGUGUUCAAUGAUGAUUGUAAGUUGCUUUGGAUUAAAGCGUCUGCUAAAUGCUGCAAAUGAGCUCUUUGGGAAGUGAAUAGGGUCGGGUGGGGUUACAACAGUUUCAAACCCUUACAAUAGGGUCACUACUGGAUUAAUUAUCCAAAUCGGGAACGCUUUGGACAGGGUGCCAAUCCAACACAGGGCUUUGACCACACCAUCCUCAGACAUAGCCAAUCAUAGCCAAGGUAUUGGACUAGUAAUCAAAUAGCUUGCAGUUCAAGCCCCCAACACGACCAAGUUGCCACUGAUGGGCCCCUAAGCAAGGCCCCUUAACCUCUAAUUACUUUUUGUAAAUCGCUUUGGCUAAAAGUGUCUGCCAAAUAUCAUAAAUGUAAACAUCAGUGUGGGCGCCAAGACACCAAGGUACUGAACUAGUAAUCAGAAGGUUGCCAGUUUAAGCCCCACCACAACCACUAAGCUGGCACUUGGCUUCCUGAGCAAAUUGUAUUCGGUCGUAAUUGGAUAAAAGCAUCGGCUGCAACCGACAGGCUGAUAGCACCACUGAGAUUCGAACCCUGGAUCCCCAGAUCUCAGUGGAGUUGGGCUAGCACUUUACCCAUGGCUGUUUUAAAAAAGUAACAUGAAUAAAUAAAUAAAUUUUUUUAUUGUAAAUAGAUUUAUAAGCAUAUAUGUUCAAAUUAAAAUUUCCCCCUUUUUUACACCCUAUUCCAGCUAGGUGGAACUUAUUUCCCUCUUCUCUCUGUCGACAUGAUUGGCUGUGUCUGAGGGAAGGGGGGCGGUCGAAACCCUGCCUUAGAUUUAUGGGCCAGCAUGAUAGACCACUGUGCCACCCGAACGCCCUUAAACUUCCACUUUUCCCUGGCAAAUUAGCAUAUUCACUACAGAAUUUACAACCACCCUGUUGUCGAUGCCAAGCCAAAUUGUUUGGAGCGUUUCGGUUUCUUUGAGACGCUUCACUGGAUUUUCCUUUAUCAUCAGGGUUCGAAGCUACAGCUUGAAUAUCGCUCAUUGCUCGGGGCUCAGGAGCUCAUCGUUUCGUUCACGCAUCACUUCUGUUAAUUUGUCUCUUAUUUUUUAUUGUAUUUUGCAUUGCAGAGACUCCGGGUUCAAACUUUCGAUGCAGCUCAGUUUCCGAGAGGCAGAAAACGAAAUCUAAUAGUUGCUCAUCAGAGGCAGCGUGUGUAUUAAGCUUAAUAGAUGGGCUAGGGUUGGAUUUGGGGUUGGGGGGCAUCAUUAACGAUUUAAGCGUGCCUUUUAUUUGCGUGAACGAUCGGGACACGUUCCCAACAUAAAUGCCAGCGGAUUUUAAGCCAAGCUCGAGACCGGUGUGCUUCUCAUUACUCGUGCCACUAUUGAUAUGAAUUCUAAUCCUAAAUCUUCACGUGUAGCUUGUUUAGGGUGGAUUUUUCCUUUAAGUUUACACGAUCCAGUUUCGCCAGAUUCGCGACAGUCCAAACGUGCUCAGAAAUCACAGCUGAUCAGUCGCAGGAAGCCACGGCCGCUCGGUGAAUUCCUUUACCAGCCUGGUUAACCAUCGUCUGCCACUUUUAGGAUCUAGCUGCUAUUGUACUGGGGUUCCUGCAGUGGGAAGGAGGAUGUCCUUCAGCAGGCCUGUAUUUCGUCAGUGCUGGGUUACUGUAGGGCCAGUAGGUGGCAGCAUGAUGUUGUGAUCAGGCUCUUUCUGAAGCCCGACCCAUGUAGUGAAGGAGGUGGGAUGGUGACCUGCACUAACUGAGGCUGAACACAGCCUGGUGCUAUCAGGUGCUGGAGAUAUCGGCGUCGACUGGAGGGGGAGCGAGAGGAACAAGGGUGCUGGUGCUGGCUUCGUAUCUCUAGUUGUCUUGGUGUUUUAUGACCUACUUGUUGGAUAGUAUUGGUGGUGUGAUUAUAAAGGUGCCUCUUGUUUGAAAUUCUUCUGUUUCUUUUAUCGAUUUAGCAUCACAGUCCUCGUCGGCUGAUUUAUUUAUAUAUAUUGUUUUGUAUUAUUCAGUAUUCAGAGUUUUCUCUCGCCGAGUCGAGUUAAUGUGUCUUUAUGACAUUUUAAUUUUACAGUCUGUGGCCCUUGUUAUUACGAGAUUAUUCGGCUGAAGUCAGCCGGUGCUUUAUUCACCUCUUGGCAUUUUCAUCCUGGUUGUAAAUGUUGUUUUUAUGUGACUGACCGCAACACACGGAGCCCCGACCCCAGCCCCACUCGACAGCAAAAUCGAACGUCAGUGCCCGGCCGUACAAACGCCGUCAUGCUUUGAAUGGGCACAAAUCCUCACAGACAUACUUCAGUCAAACAAAGUCAGAACGUCACUCUAUUUUAAUUCCAGUUGUUUUUGAAAUUGGACGUUCGGCAAGCUCACGGUCACGUGUCCGAACACUUUUGGCCAUAUAGUGCGUCAGUAAUCCAAGCUGUUCUGUGUGUAUCUGGCCAGGCUGGUAGCAAGCACCACUCCGACUCGAACCUUAGUCUGGUCGAAGAUCAAAGAACAUGGACGCACACUUACUGACGUCUAAAUCGCUGCAAGAUUUCGGAUUCUCAUACAGCAGUGCCCGGCCGUACAAACGCUCUCAUGUUUUGUUUGACUGAACUAUGUCUGUGAGGAUUUGUGCCAAUUCAAAGUCAGGACGUCACUCUAUUUUAAUACCAGGUGUUUUUAAAAUUGGACGUUCGGCAAGCUCGCCGUCACGUGUCCGAACACUUUUGGCCGUGUAGUGUAUCAAUAAUCCAGGCUGCUUUGUAUCUGUGUGUAUCUGGCCAGGCUGGUAGCACCACUCCGAGCCUUCGAACCUUAGUCUGGUCAAAGAUCAAAGAACGUCGAUCUUAAAAGUCGGCAUCGACGAAUCGCUGCAAGAUUUCGGAUUCCAGUGCAGCAGCAUGGAGGAGCAACCGAGACCACAAUGCUUUGCAGAUAUAGGUGUGCUGCAGACAUAGACCUGCUGUGUAUGAGUGUGUGUGUCCACUCGGUUUAAUCAGAGCUCCUUCUUAAUCUCAGUAGUUUGUGAACCACUGCUUAACUUCUUAAUGUAAUUAAAAUAUACGCUCGGGGUUGUACCGGGGUCGCAGAAAUGUGCCGAGUGCUUGAAUUGGGGUCCGAGAACCCCGAUUUAGAAUUAGGUUUGCACCGGGUGGGUCCUGGGUUCAAUCCCCAGGUGGAGUGGUCCGGGUCCUUUCUGUGUGGAGUUUGCAUGUUCUCUCCGUGUCCGUGUGGGUUUCCUCCGGGAGCUCCGGUUUCCUCCCACAGUCCAAAAACAUCUUAUGUAAGCAGUAACGACCUGUCCCGUCAUGAAUGUUACCACAGUGUGUCAAACAUGACGUUAAAAUCUUAAUAAAAUAAAAAUAAAGAAUAAGGUUUGCACCCGACGGCAGGUUUUCCUUUUAGGAAUAGUUUGUUGUAUUUAAAUAUCACAUCAUGUGUUAGAAGCUGCCGAAUGUUCAGUCUGCCCCGGCAUGUGGCGACAUCCAGCGUUCCUGUUCCCGUCACGGAUCAGUACUCUGAAUCGGUAUAUUUCCUAAUCAAUAUAAGUCUAUUGAUCUGAUUUAUCUGCUGAAAUUAAUCCUUUAUCAAACGUGCAUAGAUCUAACACAGACGUGUCGUAUAUCAUGCACAGCAUGUACACUACGUGGUAUGUGAACACCCCUGGUGCCAAGGUUCCAGUGCCACAGCUGUUGCUCACAGGUGCUGAAAUUCUGUUCAGUUUUUUUUGUAUGAAAUUCCGGAUUUAUUUCCACAUUUUUGGCUAUUAUGUUACCGUACAUGAUUAACACAUCUUGUGGGAUUCAGGGUGGAGGAACUCCCUUGAAUCCAGGCUGAUCUUGGACUUGGUAUCAGUGCCUGACCUCACAAGUGCUCUUCCGACUGAGUGAUUGGACUGCAAGUGCUUGUGGAAAGCUUUCCCUGGAGGGUAGAGGAGGUUGCGUGGGACAGUAUUUUAAUGCUCGUUGGUUUGGAAGGGAAUGUAUACGUCCAGCGAGCUUUGGCUGUAUGUAGUUUUGUGCCAGACCCAAACCCGACCAUCUCGACAGUGAUCUUAAGAAAUGUGGUCGUUUUAUUUUUAUGUGUGUUUUGUUUAAAGCUUAACGAAUAAAAGUCUUUAGAAAGUG